AUGUCGCUCAACACAACCCUCGCUGCCACCAUGCGGGCAGUAGCCUGGUUUGGGCAAACCAACAAUGUGUCUGUCAUUGAUGUACCUGUCCCCAGUAUAAUAAACCAAACAGAUGCAAUUAUCCGAAUCACCACCUCAGCCAUCUGUGGCUCCGAUCUCCACUUCUAUCACGGCUACACUGGUGCUGCCAAUGUUCCAUGGAAUCUCGGACACGAGGCUGUUGGCUAUGUCGAAGAAGUCGGCAGUGCGGUCUCCUCCCUUGAAGUAGGCGAGUACGUUAUCAUCCCUGACAACGCGCACUCGGGUCACUACGGCCAAGAACAUCCAAUCUCGUUUGGCUCUGGCUCGCCUAACUACGGUGGACUGCAAGACGCUGACAUUGUUCAUCUAGCCGAGUAUGCUCGUGUUCCCUUCGCCGACAUGUCUCUCAUCCCGAUUCCCUUCAACAACCAAACUGGCAACGCGACCAAGGAACUGGACUACCUGAUGAUUUCCGACGUAUUCACCACUGGAUGGCAAGCAUUAACAUACAGCGGCUUUGAGCCAGGGGAUACUGUGGCGGUCUUCGGAGCCGGACCUGUGGGACUCCUGGCUGCAUACUCCGCUCUGCUCCGUGGUGCUUCACGCGUCUACUCAGUGGACCAGGUACCAGAUCGUCUCGCGUUGGCAGAGGCCAUUGGAGCAGUUCCCAUUCAGUUCAACUUCUCCGACCCCGUGCAGCAAAUCCUAGCCCAGGAGCCAAAUGGCGUCACAAGAGCUUUGGACUGUGUCGGAUUUGAGUCCGUCAAUGCCACCGGUCAACGCGCUGAUGGAUUGGUACCCCGCAACCUUCUUUCUGUUGUUGCACAACAAGGAGGCAUUUCCAUCGCAGGAGUUUACACUGGUGGUCAAAAUAACACCCGUGGUGCCGCCAACGCCGCUACUGUCCCUGCCGAAGUCCCCAUUUCUAUCUUCGAGCUUUGGAGUAAAGCUGUCACUGUUGGCAGUGGAAUCGUCUUGCCGCUAGAACAUGCGCACUCGCUUGUUGAUCUUGUUGCAAAUGAUCGAGCUUCCCCGAGCUUUGUGGUUAGCUCUAUCAUUGAUAUUGAGCAGGCUCCGGAAUACUACCGGCGCUACAGUGAUCAUCUGGAGCACAAGAUUGUUAUUCGUUUCCCCUAG